AUGAUUAUGCGACGUCAGCGGAUUUCAAGGCUUCUGCACCUGUGGAGUCCAGCACGCCAACAACAGACAACUCACGAGUGCGAAGGACAUAAAGAGGAGGUUCUCGACAAAUCAACUUUAUCACACGAAGAUGCAGCCCUAACACAAGCGCAAUCAGACAGCGUGCAGCACCGCACAACCGUCAGCGAUCUCCCAGUCGAGAUCCUCCAGCACAUAUUCUCCUCUCUAGACUUCCGAACGCUAUUCACAUGCCGUCGCGUAUGUCAUAUCUGGAACACCUGUAUCCCGGGCCACUCUCCCCAACUCCAAGAAACGCUCUUCCUCCCAUCCGCUCGCACGCCGCCGCGCAAUCUCCCGGGCGUAUCUCUCAGCUUCGUCAUUCACUGCCGCGACACCAAGAGAGCGAGAGCCUACUACGUCAACCACGUAGAGAGGGUCUGUUGCCAAGGUCUGGAAAUCUGCGGCACCGACGACCAGAAAGUCUUGCUUAACCCAUUCGUCCAGGGCAUAGAGCAAUACCUCAGCGCACGUCUCCCCAACGUGAAUCGGCGCGAGCACCUCCUCUCCUUCAAAUACGUCGCGCUGCAGGAUAAACGCGGUGGGCUAUGGCUGCCGCGCAAUGUCGCUUGCCUGCGCAACGCAUUCCUUACGACGCCGCCUAUUACCAGCCUUUCCAUCCACUUAUCGUACAAGGUCUGGGGUACCUUGGUCACACCACUGGGAAAUAGGACGCGUAUUUCUCUCAGUGAUCGGAAUGGCGUUAAGUUUGUUCAUCUUUUCGAUUGGUUUGAGCGGGAGAUUGCUAGGUUGUUGCGGGAGAAGACACUUAGGAUGAUUGAUAAUGCGCCGGGCCAUGCGAGUUGUUCGCAGCUUUAUGAGUUUAGGAACAAGAUUGUGGGGGAGGAGUUUGUUGUAUGACAAGGUAGAAGGGGGAGGGCACGGUUGCGAGAGAGUAAGGUAGUUUGUCGAGUACGACCCGAACAGUUACUAGGUUGUUGGAUUCGAGGUUAUAGGUAGAGGAGUACAUGUGAGAGAUCUUGUUGUAGUUGAUACAUCUGUUAAAUACUGUACAGCCGAUCUCAGUAAUCAAUUCAGGGCAC